UUAAUGUUUUGGUGAUAGACAUGUUUAUCUGUGUAAAUUUAUUUACCGAAGGGAUUUAAAUAUUUACUUUUUGAUUCUUUAUCUGUGUGUUAUCACAUAAAUUGCAUUUAUUUUUGUUAACUCCACGGAUAUAACUGUUUAAUGUACAAGAUAUGCCUCUACCACGGGAAACGGUGAGCCAGAACUAUCGUGUUGUGUUCAUGGGAACAUCUGGAGUGGGAAAAAGUUCGAUCAUUAAUCAAUUUAUUAACAAUAAGUUCACUGAGAUUCAUAAGGAAACUGUAGAAGAGCUUCAUCGCCACAGUAUGAAGUUCGAGACCGUGUCUGUAGAUAUUGAUAUAUUAGACACUUCAGGUUCGUAUCAAUUUCCGGCCAUGCGCAAACUCGCUAUAGCAACAGGUGAUGCUUUUGUGCUUGUAUAUUCGGUAACGAAUGCGGAAAGCUUUGAAACAGUGAAAUCGUUGCGAGAAGAGAUAAAAGAGCAUACACACGAUCGAAAAUAUUCCAUAGUCGUUGUUGCAAACAAAACUGAUUUAGGAGACGUAACUGGGGAACACGCUGUGAACGAGUCCGUGGUGUGUAUGGACUGGGAAGAAAAAUUUGUCACAACCUCUGCAAAAACAGGUGAAAAUAUUGACACUGUGUUUCGACUCUUAGAGAACAAAAUCAAAGAAACAGUGCAGAUGGAAGAUAAACGACGUUCGUUCUUUCGGAGGAUCUCGAUGCCUGUUUUGAGAUUGGCCAAAUCAAAUCGUCGGAAUACGCAAUCAGUGAAAAUCAAACCUAGAUCUAAUUCUGUGGAUUUGUGACAGUUUUGCCAAUGGCGGCCUAAUGAAAUUCAAUAUAUGCAAAUACGUUUUCUCGUUGAGAGUUCUUUUAUACAUAUCUUAGAUAUGGUGCUUACAUGUUGUUUUUAGCUCGACAUUGAAGACAAAUUAGACCUAAUGCAUUCGUCCUGGCGUCGCCGUUGGUUAAGGUUUUUGAUAGUCAAAUAUCUCUGUUAUUAUCAAAACUAUUGACUUGGAACUUAAAAUAUAUUUACUGUCAAAGUCUACACCAAGAGAAACAAUCCCCAUAAUUCUGAUUUGAAUUUUGACAGAGUUAUACCCCUUUUUAACUUAGAAAUUUUUGGUUAAGGUUUUUGAUAAAGUAAAAUAUCUCUGUUACUAUCAAAGCUUUUGACUUGAAACUUAAAAUAGUUAUUUUACUAUCAAAGUGUACGCCAGGAGAAACAAUCCCCAUAACUCUGAUUUGAGUUUUGACAGAGUUAUGCCCCUUUAUAACUUAGAAUUUUUUGGUAAAAAUUUUUAUAAAGUUUUUAGUGACAAAGCUCUAAUUCAGAGUCAAGCACUGAGAAAAGUCGAGCGUGUUAUCUUACGGACAGCUCUUGUUUUGAUUUACAAUUUUAGUCUACAAGAAAACUGUUAAGUGAUAUCAUAUCAUCGUUAGUUGCUCACUAGGAUUUCAAGUACUGUCUAACAGUGCAUUUUAUUUUUUUAUUAUUCCGCUUUCUAGCACAGAAUAUUAAUACUAAAUUGCAUGUAUAUUAUUGUAAAGUUCUGAACUUAUUUUAUACGUAAACUACUAAAGAUAAGGUGGUAUUUCAUACUUCUGAAAUUAUUGCUCAGCUUAAUGUCAGGUGUGCCGUUACCAAUGUAUAAAAACAUUUGUUGCCAAAACAAAAGAAUAAAAUGUAUACAAAAUGGAAUAUGACAGUAUCAUACAAAUUCUAAAGAUAAUAUGUGUUAUCAUGACGAUCUGCAAUUGAAAAUAAAUGAUACACAGUUAGAAAAAAAACUGUUGAACACAUCCAUACCGUCAGUCUCAUAUUUGCAUGGUUUUUGGCUAAAAUAUGACAUAAUAUGAGCCGUACCAUGAGAAAACCAACAUAGUGGCUUUGCGACCAGCAUGGAUCCAGACCAGCCUGCGCAUCCGCGCAGUCUGGUCAGGAUCCAUGCUGUUCGCUUCGAAAGACUACAGCAAUUAGAGAAACUGUUAGCGAACAGCAUGGAUCCUGACCAGACUGCGCGGAUGCGUAGGCUGGUCUGGAUCCAUGCUGGUCGCAAAGCCACUAUGUUGGUUUUCCCAUGGCGCGGUUAAUAUAUUGUGUUAUCUCAUCUAACUAGCUGAGCUUUUCUUCAUGAAGUUAAGACUUACAUGAGAAGGACGUUGACGAUAACACAGAUAAUAUAUUUUUAACAAAACUUAAUAUUUCGUUGAUGCCAAUUAAUCAAUGAGUUCGCAGAAUUUGUCAACACUUUAACUGUUGGAUUACCCCAUUUCGUUGGUAUGGUUACAUGGUUGAAUAAGUAAAAGUAGUACAGGAAGUGUACAUAUUCGCCUAAAGCGAAACACUAAAAGAAUGUACAUGAAUUUUAUAGAGUUGCAUUACAGUAUGUACAUAGAGACGCAUUAAUGUGUACAUCACUAUAUUUCACUGCAUAAACAGACCUGCUUUGAUGCUUGUGUAUACACACAUAUUUUGCAUGUUAUAAGAAUACAUUUGUAAAAGAUGUUUCGGAGUUGACUUGAAUGAUUCUGAUUUAUAUCUCAAUUGAUUUUAUCUUCAUUUUAAUGCGCUUUCAAUAUUUAAAAUAUCAGAAGGAGUCAUAAUUUGAAACUGCUUAUUAAAUUGCUAUGACCUUUUUCUUAAAUUGUUAUGAUCAUUUUUAUUCUGAAUGCUGUUAUAUUUUACAAAUUUGUUCUGCUAUCAAUGUAUUAAAAGAAAGAAAAAAUCAUG